AUGGCUGUCCGCGACAGCGUCUUGCCCAUCAGUGAGAUGUCCAGCUCGUUCCCCGAGGUGGUGGAGCUGAACGUUGGCGGGCAGGUGUAUGUGACCAAGCACGACACCUUGCUCAGUGUCUCUGACUCCCUCCUGGCGAACCUGUUCUCCAAGAACAACGACAAGGUGCUUCCCAGGGACAACAGGGGCCGUUAUUUCCUGGACCGGGACGGCUUCCUCUUCAGGUACAUCUUGGAUUAUCUCCGAGACAAGCAGCUGGUCCUACCCGACCACUUCCCGGAGAAGGAGAGGCUGCUCAGGGAGGCUGAGCAUUUCCAACUGAGCGAGCUGGUCAGAUUCCUGACGCCCAAGGUCAUCAAGCAGAGCUCGGUGACAGACGAGACCUGCCAGAGUGACAUUGAAGAGAAUUCCCAGAGCAGUGAUCUGCUGGCCAAGACUGUCCCUUACUCGGCGGCAGCAGACAGGAGGUCAGGUUUUAUCACCAUCGGCUACCGCGGCUCCUACACCUUGGUCAGGGAUAACCAGGCGGACGCCAAAUUUCGCCGGGUGGCCAGGAUCAUGGUGUGUGGCAGGAUCGCCCUGACCAAGGAGGUUUUCGGGGACACCCUGAACGAGAGCCGAGACCCUGAUCGGCCCCCGGAGAAGUACACGUCCCGCUUUUACCUGAAGUUCACUUACCUAGAGCAAGCGUUUGACAGACUGUCAGAGGCCGGCUUUCACAUGGUGGCUUGUAACUCCACCGGGACCGCAACCUUCAUCAACCAGUAUAGGGACGACAGGAUGUGGAGCAGCUACACCGAGUACAUCUUCUUCCGUGAGCCACAAAAAGGUAUAACAUUGAAGAGAGAUAAAAUAAAGAUCAAAAAAGAAAAGACAGAGAAAAAAGGAAUGGAAAGCGGGACAUCUUGUAACGAGCUCUCCACCUCCAGUUGUGAAAGCCAGUCAGAAGCCAGCACUCCGCAGGAGAAUGUCCCUUGUGCAGCGCAGCCCGCACCACUUCAGCCUAACACCCUGACACUUGAUCGGCCUUCCAAGAAAGCCCCCAUUCAGUGGAUGCAGCAGCCCGACAAACGCAGAAACAGUGAACUCUUUCAAACGCUGAUGAACAAUUCACGUGAUUCAAGCCUCUGCAAAAAGAAAAUUAGCGAAAAGCUGAGCGUCGAGGAUGAAAUGAAAAAAUGCAUCCAAGAUUUUAGGAAGAUCAAGAUACCUGUUCAGUUUCCAGAGCGUAAGCGCCCCUGGCAGUCCGAACUAUUACAGAAAUAUGGACUUUAA